GGUCCAUCCUACUCCAUCCCCUCUGCCCCCUUCUCCCUUGGAUCUACUAAAUAAUGGGCCAGAAGAUCUCGGGCAGCAUAAAGUCAGUUGAUGUACGUGGGGAGCCCUCGUACCGACCAGUGCGGCGUGAACUAAGGGGUCCAGAUUUCUGUCGGCCCACUAGGUUAGACCUACUGUUAGACAUGCCUUCAGCCAGCACUGAGAUGCAACUUGGCCAUGCCUGGAACCCUGAUGACCGAUCACUCAAUGUCUUUGUCAAGGAGGAUGACAAGCUUACGUUUCAUCGGCACCCUGUUGCACAGAGCACAGACUGUAUCCGAGGAAGGGUGGGCUACACCAGAGGCCUCCAUGUAUGGAGGAUUCACUGGCCAGCCAGACAACGAGGCACUCAUGCUGUUGUUGGGGUGGCCACUGCUGAAGCACCUUUACACUCGGUGGGCUAUACAGCCCUGGUGGGUUCAGACUCCGAGUCCUGGGGCUGGGACCUGGGUCGGAACAGACUUUACCAUGACGGAAAGAACAGACCUGAUUCCACAUUGGCACCCACUUACCCGUCUUUCCUGCAGUCAGAUGAGUCCUUCGUGCUCCCGGACUGUCUGACAGUAAUAUUGGACAUGGAUGAAGGGACUCUGAGCUUCAUGGUGGAUGGACAGUAUCUGGGAGUGGCUUUCAGAGGCCUAAAGGGCAAGAGAUUGUAUCCCAUCGUCAGUGCUGUGUGGGGUCACUGUGAAGUGUCGAUCCGCUAUGUCAAUGGAUUAGAUCUCAUGCUCACUGGCUUGUUAAAUGGACCUGAGCCAUUCUUGGCUCUGUUUGUGUCCCUGUUGUGA